GAAUGACUCCGUUGCACCGCCCGUUCCGUGCGAGACGGAAGCGUAAAUACAUCAGUAGCGCUGGCAUGCUGCACGGAGCAUCUUAUCCAUUGACCAUCAUCGCUUGCGCAAUGUAUCACACGUCGUCGACCCGCACCAGCCACCAGCCGCACUCACAUCGUUACUCGCAAUCGCGACCGCACGGCUAUGCGGCGGCAGCUCCCGCCGCGAGCGACCCUUAUCCGCCCCAGCAGCUCCAGCAGCGGUCAAGUUCCCACAGCUCGUAUAGUGCUGGGACCCCCGAGCAGGCUCGACUCUGGCAGUGGUUCUGCCAAGUCGACACCGACAGGUCUGGGGAGAUCAGCGUGAACGAGCUGCAUGCCGCGUUGAUCAAUGGCGAUUGGUCCCGUUUUGAUAUCGAUACAGUGAAGAUGCUGAUGAACAUGUUUGACGUCGACCGGAGCGGAACGAUAGGCUUCAAUGAGUUCCAGGGCCUGUGGAAGUACAUUGUGGAUUGGCAGAAGGCAUUCAAGUACUUCGACCGCGAUGGCUCGGGAACCAUCGACGGUCACGAGCUCUCUAACGCGUUGCAGAACUUUGGAUACAACCUCUCCCCGAUGCUUAUGUCCCUAGUAGAGCAGAAGUAUGCAGCGGCGCCGUACGCAGGCCACGGGCCUAAGCCUGGCAUAACUUUCGACCGCUUUGUGAGAGCUUGCGUCGUGGUGAGAACACUGACGGAGGCUUUCCAGAGAAAGGACACAGACCGCGACGGCUGGAUACAGGUGAAUUACGAGGAUUUUAUGGCGAUGAUACUCUCUGCCCCUUGAGCGGAAUAUUUAACCUGAUACCAACCUGACACUGAACGCCUCUUGGAUGACGACCCCUGCCAUGUGCUAUGUACUACCUAUGCGUCUUGAAGUUCCCCUACUGUUAUUGAUAUCCUUGCUAACAUACCUCUCGAUAUCCGCGAUUCGCAUGUAAUUGUAUCCAAUCGAUUG